UCCCUGGACUUUACAUUGUAUUUAUACAAAUGAAGGCGCAUAUGGAUCAACAAGCCAAAAUUCUCGUGUCGAAAUCUCUCAACCAUCCUUACAUGCCUCCGACAGAACGUGUGCGACGUAGAACCCAUGUCACUCGUAAAGAGUGGGAAGCGAUCUGGCUCGCCGUAUCACCUCCAGUAAAAAUAGCAUCAGUGGAAAAGAGCAGCCUGAAGUUUUGCGCUAAGCUUUAUCGGGCCAUGCACAAACUGGCAACCAGGUUAGGUUAUUCGGAGGAAGAUCAUGAACAACUAAGGUUGUAUUUAACGGAAGUUGUGCAAAUCUCUCCGCAUCAUUCCUUAAUUUUGAUUUUUCCAUCAAUUGAUCGAGUGUGCCUCCCCCCUACUGCUAAUGAUCCUACUCCUCCUGGAUGCGCGUGGUGUUCUAUGGCGUUUUUCGAGCGUCAUCUUGGAAUUACCUAUGAUCCCAAAUUCCAUAGACGAGCCUACACUCUGUUAGCAAUGUUAGAACUGCUGGUGCCGAUCUCCAACUUCAUGCAAAGGCAGUGUAUCAGUGAUAGCGAAUGGACAAAGUGCUCAGAAAGAACCAAUGCAUUGCAAUCGUUGUUACAAACUGUCGACGCGUUACUCUCCGAGAAACGUUGGUUAAGUGAUGCCAUUGGGACAGCUAGAGAUCGAAAACGGAUUUAUCCCGCAACCCUAAAUAUGGGUGAAAUGAAACGAUAUCUGGAACUCAGUGUAGCUUCAAAAUUGAAGGAAGAAAGUUCCGUAGAAUUAACAAACAUUGUUAGCGAAAAAUUAGUGGAAGAAACUAAAAAAUAUAGUACUAUGUCAUCGGUUGACAGUUUGGUAAACUCACUGAGCGCAAAAAUACGACGACACACGGAUGAGACCUUUUCUAACGGGACAGAAAAUGUGAGGUUGAAAGGAAUAGAUAUUGUAACGAGGAGUGCCCCUAUCUCUCGUGGUGACGAGAAACCGGCAAAUGUUCUCCGAAUUUACGUAGAGUAUCCGACUGGUCUACCUCAUGGCAUAUGUGUCAGAGUUUCCGCAAAAUUAACCACUACAUCCAGAGACAUUGUUGAAAUGACUGUACAUCGCGUGGCACAAACCGUGAAGCAAAAGAGUUUGCUACAGAACCCCAGAUGGUUAAAUGAACAUGAGUGUGGCUCUUUUGUGACCCCUGAUUUGUGUUGUCUAGUUGUGAAUUUGGGUACAGUGGAGCGAAAAUUGCUUAGUACCGUAAGGCCUUUGUUGUUACAACAUCCGUGGCGCUCGGGGAGAUUUUGUGUGCGUUUGAUGAAAAAUGUACACUCCAGUAUCACGAGGACUAAUUCUCCAGUUAAUGUAUACCUAGCUGCCGCUCAAAAUGCGCAGAUAUUGAAUACACAGCCCAUGUUUUACCCAGUGAGAACAUACAAAGCUCGCAUUACUGAAGUGCUUACUUCCUGCAUAAUGGCCACCAUUUCCCCACCGCCUACAGUAUAUGUUAAUGGGCUACCAAUACAAAACCAUGACAACAGGAAUUGUUGAUCGACCAGUCCACAAUGGGGCAAUUGAGAGCUAUUCCAUGCCUCCUUCCUGCUACUGCCUUUCGCAAAACCUUCUCUUUCUGCAGUUGUUCUAUCCACAGGAUAAGUUUUACUUCAUCCACAAUUGCAGAUAAUUUGUUGCAGUUUGAUUCUAACUCACGGUACCGACUAAAACCUACAGAAGAUAUAUUUUUGAUAAAAAGCAAA